UUCCGCUUUAGCACCCACCUGCUGUAGGCUUGUGUCAGUGUGUCGCUGCGAUGUAGACCUCCCUGAAAACACUCAGAGACAGACCGGCGUACAUGUUGAAAAUAGUUGAAAGAAGGGAGAGAGAGAGAGAGAGAGAAAAGAGGAAAUGCGCCUUUCCGUGCUCGCCUCUUCUGCUUUAGUUUGACAGUGAACGACCGCCGAGGAACACAGUAAGGUGCAAUGAGGGACCGACUGUGCGAGCUGCAGAGCUCCAGAUCUGCAGAGGAGGAGAGCAGCCCCGAGGAGAACCACAACCACAUCGCUGAGGACGAUGAGGAGCGUCUGCAGCUACAAGCCAUCGUGUUUGAGGGAGAGGAAGUCAAGGACAGCCUCUACAAAGAGGCACAGGCACUGAGGAAGGAAAUGCUGCUGCUCAAAAUGGACGUGAAGCGUCUUGGGAAGCAGAACACGAGGUUCCUAACGUCCGUCAGGAGGAUCAGCAGCAUCAAGCGGGACUCUAACGCACUCGGACGGGACAUCAAGGCCAGAGGGGAGGCCGUUUUCACCCGGCUGGAGAAGCUGGGGAACCUGAGCAAGGAGCUGGAAGAGGAGCACGGACCAACAUCAGCCGUGGCUCGCAUGGUGCGUUUACAGCACAUCUCUUUGACCGCUGCCUUCCACGACGCCAUGUCUGAGUACAACGAGGCCGAGAUGGUCCAGAGGGAGAACUGCAAGACCCGCAUCCAGAGGCAAGCAGAAAUCAUGGGCAAGGAGGUGACCAGGGAGCAGAUCGACGAGAUGAUCGAGACGGGCAAGUGGAACGUCUUCUCUGAUAAUCUCCUGCUGGAAGGGAGGACUGCAAGAUCUGCUCUCAACGAGAUCGAGAACCGGCACAAGGAGCUGCUGGAGCUGGAGAGCCGCAUCAGGGAGAUUCAGGAGCUUUUCUUGCAGCUGGCCCGGCUGGUGGAGGAACAGGGCUGCAUGGUGGAUAACAUAGAGGCAAAUUUAUGUGCGACUCAGGACUAUGUUGGCAAGGCCACAGUUCAGAUCGGGAAGGCUGUGAGAUACAAGAAGAACAAUCCAUGCAAAAAACUGUUUUGUUGUUGCUUCCCUUGCUGCAACUGAGCAAGGAGCAAUCAGUGUCAUAUAUAUCUAUAUAUCUAUCUAUCUAUAUAUAUAUAUAUCUAUAUAUAUAUAGAUAUAUAUAUAUCUAUAUCUAUAUCUAUAUAUACUUUUGAUAAGGUUGAGACCGGCUUCCUGUGUGUGUGUUGUCCCUGCUCUAGUUUGCGUAUUUAUUUGGCUCAAAUGAAGCACUGACUCCAUUUUUAAAUUUCACACUCUGGCGUAGCUUUCCUCACCGAGCUGGUCUGAGAAAAGGCCUACAUUUGAAACCACAGGGCCUUAUGCAAAUGGAUACAGUGAGAUAUGGGUGUUAACAUUUCCUGAUUACAGCUGAGAACAGCUCUACAUGAUUACUGUAAAGACAUACAGGCCCUCGCAGCUUUGUCCUUCACAUUUCAGCUUUAAACUCUUGUCGUUGUGUGAGAUAUUUAAGUAAUGUAAAUAAAUCCCUUAGAUUGGCUGACAGUCUGAAUGUAGUUAAGCAGGUCUAUUUCUUAUUACAGCCCGUUGCUUAACAAGUCUUAAGAAACACAGUGAACGCAACACAGCCAGAUCCUAGCUUGCUGGGGAGGCGAGAUUGUGUGGCUUUUGCAACAAUAUGCUGGCCACCCACAGUUAUCACCACCUACAGGCCGGGGCUUAGGGUUUCUCAAGAAUCUUUUCCUCCACUUUGCACAGAUGAAACCGUGUCAUCUUGAUAUUUUCCUGCAGCUUCAGCUACAGUGGCACGGUUUUGUUUUUUCUUGUUUUUCUCGCAUUGUUCCACACAAAAGAGCACCUGAGUCAGUGUUUACACGCGUGUGCGCUCAGGCAGCCUGACAGCACUAUGGUGAAUGGGUAACUAAUUAGGUCAGAGUACUUACUGUUUGCACAGCAGUCCUGUCUCCCCGUCCUUUGCAGUGUAAUGAUAGUAAAAUUAAGAGGACUUCCCCCCCUCUGUGGUAGGCCAUCACUGACUGGCACUGAGGAGGGGAGGGGGAUUCCCAGUUAUGGCCUGUUAGACUCAAGCUGAGAGGCUCGGUGGCUGAGGGCAUCAUCGCUCCACUUUCUCUUCGUGAGAGACACGGAGUGGGUGUUUGCAGAGUACGUAACUGCCUCUGCUCGGUGAUGAGAGGGCUUUGUACUUCCUCAGCGGCGCUCUGUGCGGUUUAUGGUGGGCAGUUUUUUACUGGCAGCGUGACUUUGCAAUGUGGCAUCGCGAGUGCGCGCAGGUGGGCGGAUUCACCUGGGGUCGUAUCGGUUCAUAGCGCACCAGGAUGGCCGAGUGGUUAAGGCGUUGGACUUAAGAUCCAAUGGACAUGUGUCCACGUGGGUUCGAACCCCACUCCUGGUAAGAGGCGGAAAUUUUAACCUAAAUAAGAGUUAAUGAAAAAUGACAGUAGGGGGAUUACGCGGUGGUCCACGAGCUGGGAGUUGUUAUCCUCCAUCCAUUCAGGUGCUGAAAACAUAACCUUUACCUUUAAAUGUGUAUUUAGCUUCAGGUGGUUCAGCGUAAGAAACACACUUCGGUAAAUGUGGGCAGCAGACUGAACACCGUAUCUCGGCGUUAAGUCAGGAUUUGAAGGCACAAUCCGGUCUGAGUGUAAACGAGUAAGCAGCCCCAGCCACACAAAUAUUUAAAGGAUGUGGUUGGAAAUAUGCCAACCAUCCUGUGAUGACCGUCGGAUAGCUUAACACUGGGAGAAGGUUAAAUGUGACCCAAGUGGUUGUUUUGUGGAGCAGGAAAAGGCUUGUUUCCACUAGCGGUGAGAGGAACGGAGGCCUGUCAUGUCAGAUUACGUGAUUGGAGACACAGGUUUGCCCUUUAUCCUAUUUACAGAGCACAUGCAUUAUAAUGAAACAAAAAGCCAAGUCAUGAUUCAUCAGGGUGAAAAGAGCUGAGUCGCUGCCGUGUGAUGGGGUGAAGUGUGUGCAUCUGGCGCCACCUGGCUGUAAACUGUGUGAACACAUUGCCACAAAACAAGUCGCUUUUCUCUCUGUGGUAAACUGAAUGGAUUACUGCUGCGUCUGGCCAAGUAACAGAAGGAAACCAUGAAGAAAGUGUCAUUUAAAUCGAGAACAUCCACACUGGAUUGAAGCUCUGAAGACUUUAUCAGUCUGGAUGCAAGCAACAUUUUUCAACCAUUUUUAAGCAAGUUACUGUUAAAUAUUUCUAUUUCAUAAUUUGACAAUGAUAUCAAUGGGAUUUUAUGAGCUUUGUUGUCACAUAUCUAUCUUGUUAACACCGUUAGCCUGCUGAAGACCCUGGGGGGUUGAAUCAUUGCCUUUUUCCAGUCCAAUAAAGUCUGCAGAGCUUUAAUCCAGUAAUAAUAAUGAACAAAAUAAAUAAAAUAAAA